AUGCUGAUUGCGGUAUGCCAUAUUCUCCCCGUCGUGGAAGUCACAUUUUCACCAUCCGCUGCCACGUCAUCACAAACGAACACCUUCGAUCCUGCAACGGCGGACGCCGUGGCGGCGGAGGCGGCGGCGGCGGCGAAGAGGUCGCGCGCGCCUUUGCGAUACAGUCGCAAGGAAGUGAUCUCGUCGUUCAACAAGGCGGCGCACCUCCUGCGACUCUCCGCGAAUAGCUUGACGCAAACGUCCCCGCAUUUCUCCCGCCUGUUCACGGCAAUGCAAGCCUUCCGCAACGCAGUGGCGCUGGUGGAGAUGGGCAAGCGGAAGUACAACCUCGCAGAGCCCCAAAUGCUCAACGGCAUUCUCCUCGUGAAGCAGGAGAUUCCAAAGAUCGAGCCUGCCCAGUUGGCUCGGGAGCUGGGUUCUAGGAGGCUGUUGGCGACAGGCGAGCCGCUUACCUCUAGGUUCGAACCGCGUAAGUCGCGGACCGUUAGUCCGAGGCGCACACAAUUGGCGACCCGAGCAGCCGUGGACACGUCACCUCCUUCCACCGGCCUCCGCGGCAGCAGCAGCAGCAACCGCCCGCCACGUGGCAUCCCCACCGGCGGGAAUGGCGCCGCGAUUUCCAGUAACGGGUCGGCCACGCGAUUCGCGCCGGGAGCGCCGUUGAAGCGACCAUUGGAGCGGCCGAGAGACAGAGUCUUCGAGGAGGAUCCGGCGGAGGAAGCGGCCGCUGCGCGCCGCGCGAUCGGCGCGCCGCUGUACGACGCGCAAGGGCUCGCGAAAUUCUACUCUAAACGACCGUUAGAGGUAGUCGGUCGAGCGCUGCGCGUCACGACAGCGCUCGGCUCAGUCGCCGCCUCCGUCCUGAUCGACCGGCAGCGCGGCCAGCUAGACGCCAACAUGCCGCGCCGAGCCUCGCAGCUUCGGCGCGCGCUGACGAGCCUGGGCCCCACGUUCGUGAAGCUAGGUCAGGCGCUCUCCACCCGCCCGGACCUGUGCCCGCCGGCAUAUUUGGACGAGUUAGCGCUGCUGCAGGACGCGUUGCCGACAUUUCCCGAUGCCGAGGCGUUUGCGUGCAUUGAGGGCGAGCUGGGUCGGCCUAUGGAAUCAAUGUUCGAGUCCAUCAGCCCUUCCCCGAUUGCCGCUGCCAGUCUCGGCCAGGUGUACAAGGCGCGUCUCAUUGGAGGCACGGAAGUGGCAGUGAAGGUGCAGCGACCGGGCAUCACAACAGCCAUCGGGCUGGACUUUCUGCUCAUCAGGGGCCUGUGCUCGCUGGUCGAUAAAUACGUUGAUUCUCUUACUACUAGUUCAGUGGCGCUUCUAGACGAGUUUGCAGACAGGGUGUACCAGGAGCUAAACUACGUCCAAGAGGCCCGCAAUGCCCGGCGCUUUCGGCAGUUGUACGGCAACCAGAACGGGGUAUACGUGCCGCAGAUCGUGUGGCGCAACACAUCGUGCCGGGUGCUGUGCAUGGAGUGGGUGGAUGGGGUCAAGCUGAGCGAUGCAGCGAGCAUGAGGCAGAACAACCUUGAUGUGAUUGACCUCGUGGACAUUGGCAUUCAGUGCUCUCUCCGGCAGUUAUUGGAGUUCGGUUACUUCCAUGCGGACCCCCAUCCCGGCAACCUGCUUGCCAUGUCUGACGGCCGUCUGGCCUUCCUUGACUUUGGCAUGAUGAGUGAGACGCCCCCCCGAGCCCGAUUCGCCAUCAUAGGCCACGUGGUGCAUCUGGUGAACCGGGACUAUGAGGCCAUGGCGCGCGAUUACUAUGAGCUCGACUUCCUAGACCCCUCAGUGGACGUAGCGCCUAUAGUGCCGGCUUUAAGAGGCUUCUUUGACGACGUUCUGCAGGCAACGGUCAGCGAGCUCAACUUCAAGACCAUCGUGGAUGGGCUGGGGGCAGUGCUUUAUCAGUACCCCUUCAAUGUUCCGGCUUACUACGCUCUCAUCCUCCGCUCCCUCACAGUUCUUGAGGGCCUAGCACUCUACUCCGAUCCCAACUUCAAGGUGCUCGCAGCAGCAUACCCCUACAUGGCAAAGCGUCUCCUCACCGACCCAAACCCCUACCUGCGUGACGCUCUAAUCGAACUCCUUUUCAAAGACGGUGUCUUCCGCUGGUCGCGCCUCGAGAAUCUCCUCACCCAGGGGCAGCGCGACCGCGACUACAAGACAACCGAUGCCCUCCAGCCGCUCAUGGCCCUAAUCCUAGGCCCUGAGGGGAAGCCGUUAAGAGCGCUGGUGGUAGCUGAAGGAGUGAGAGUCGCUGAGGCGCUGCUGGUGGCCGGGGCAGUGGAUGGAGCGUUGGAAGUGUUACCAGAUGCGGUUACCACCGCGCUGCUUCCCCGGCCACUGGUGCCGCUGAGGCAAGCGUUAGAGGCGGCGAGAGGGGGGGGCGGGGGUGCGGGUGGGAGUGGGAGUGCGGGAGGGAGUGCGGGGGUGGGGAGGGGAGCGGGAAGGGGGGAUGCGAGGGGGAGGAGUAUGGAGGAGAUGGUGGAGUUGAGAGCUCAGGUGCUGCGGUGCUGGGCGUUGCUGAGGACUUCGGAUGGGUUUGACCCGGCGAGUCUGCUUCCUCUCGUUGAUGUGUUGCAACAGGAGGAGGUGAGGGAGAUGGGAUCGGACUUUGCUACAGCCUUGCUGCAGAGACUGGCAGCACGCUCGCUACAGCUGCUGCUACAACCUCCGCCGUCCUCCCAGGCCCCUGCACCUGCACCAGCUCUGUAG